UUUUUGUGCUUUAUUCGAACGAACGCAACCACACAAUCACAAUCAGCCAAAUCAUGUCGGGCAUUGGCGCCUCGAGCUACGCACCCAGGUCUCCAGACCUUUCAUCUUUAUAUAGCUCCGCCGGCCCCACCCACCAACACUUGCAGACCCAUGCCGAAGCCCUUCAAGUACCAGGCCCCAAACCGCUAUCACAGCAAACACUUUUUUCUCCGCAACACCACCACCACCACUUACAAGCGCAGUCGCAACCACACCUCCAACCUCUGCCCACCACCACCACCGCAACACAACCCUUUGGCCUUUCAACGAACACGUAUCAAGACCAUCGCGCUUCGCAAUAUUGGCAAAACCCGUCGCAGUAUCUCCCACCACGCUCUCAGCCCGACAACAGCUUCUCGACGAACCACUAUUCGCAGCCGCAGCAAUCCGAGCGCCCGCCUCGCAUCCCCUUCACAAAUAACCACGCGACAGGGGUUUGGAACGCGCAACAGCAAGCUUCGCAACGUGAUCUGCAUCAAUUGCAGAAUCAACACCAGUACAAAUACAACCAGCAGCAACCGCAGCAACCUCUACAACAACAGGCUUAUCCGCAGCUGUUCUCACCUACGCAACCGCAGGAGCAUCAACAGCAGCAGCGCUUGACGCGAUCGCAGGCGCAACGGCCCCUCCAGCCUCUUCCUUCGCAUACUUCCAAUCCCAACCCGCCACCGGCCCCCGAACAGACCAAUAUUCAAGCUGCGUCAUCCGUAGCGGCGCAGACCACCAAUACGAUGCCACCCAAGCGGGCCGUCGCGCAAGCUGCGCAGCAACCCCAACCUUCUCCGAUCCAGCCCUCGCUCGUAAAGACCAAGUUCCCAACGGCGCGCAUUAAGCGCAUCAUGCAGGCAGACGAAGAGGUUGGCAAGGUGGCACAACAGACGCCGAUCGCAGUGGGCAAGGCACUCGAGCUGUUCAUGGUACAAUUGGUGACAAAAAGCGCAGACAUCGCGCGUGAGCGUAACUCGAAACGCGUAUCGGCACAGAUGCUCAAGCAGGUGGUGGAGUCAGACGACCAGUGGGAUUUCCUACGAGAAAUUACCAGCAAGAUAGAGAACGAUGACAAGGAGAAGCCAGCAGCCUCCGCGAGCGGCAGAGGCCGAACAAAGGCAGAGAGCGAGAGCGAGGAAGAAGCCCCGCCAGAAAAGAAAGGCAGAGGAGGAGCCGGGCGAGGAGGAGGGAGGGGAAGGAAGAAGUCUACCGCCUAGAAAGCCAUGAAUCACAGAAGAGCCAAGUUAUUAUGCUCGAGGUUUAGGCCAAAACACGAUUGAACGAAUGGAACGAUGGCGUUUCGGUAAACUGGGUCACAAAUGAGCAUAUGUUUUUUUUGGCGUUCUCAACAUGGAAGCAAGUGGCUGGAAAAUGUCAACUCCUGCAAAGAACAAGUCAUAACCCAUGUGCAGAAGUCCCGUUAUCAGAUUGGCAUGGCAUGGUGUUCGGUUUGGUUGGUCAGCCGAGGCUUCGGUGUUUGGGUGAACUGGACUGGUUUGUUUGAGUUAGUUGGGUGGCCAGCAUGGUGUUGCUGGUGUUGGGCAGUGGAAGGAUACUCUGCUUUGCGACCAACACGCGUUGAAUUUACUCUAAUUUAUUUCCCGGGGGAGGCAUU